GCCUAUGCCCAUGCAGGCCAGCUCUGGGAUGCAGCCCUGGCUCAGGUGGCUGCAGUAAGAUGUAUGCUGAGCAGUGGGCAACAUGGACUGAGUGAUGUGCUGCAGGGUCUGGAGGAGAGCCGUAAGCUUGCCGAUGCUGACCGGAGCACUGACCGGAGACUGCUGGGGCCACUCUACAAUGAUCUGGGCAUGGGUUACUUCCAACUUCAACUCUUCCCUUUGGCAGUAGAGGCCUUCCUGCAGGCCCUACCCCUGUGUCGACAGCCAGCAGAGCAGGCAACAGUGCUUCAAAACCUUGGAAUGACCUACAAUGUCCUGGGCAACUAUCAGGAAGCCCAGGAGUUUCACCAGAAGGCUGCCAAUCUGCAUGGCUCUGUGGGCCAGCGGCUGGAGCAAGGGCGGAGCUUUGGCGGUCUGGCAUUUUCACUGAGCCAGCUGGGGGACCACAGGGCUGCUUGGGACAGCUAUUUGCAUGCCCUGCAGGCUGCCCAAGACACUGGGGACAUGAAGGGACAGUGGCAGGCCUGUGAGGGCCUUGGGGCGGCGGCAGCCAGGCUGGGACAACAUGACCAGGCCUUGAAAUACUAUAAGCAAGCGCUGGCUCAGUGUCGGCAUGAACCAGGUUCUGUACGAGAGCGGCUGGUGGCCAAGCUGGCGGAUGCCAUGCGGACCUUCUUGGCUCAGGAGAGGCUAGCCCAGGCUCAUAUCCUGCCCUCUGCUCCUGGAAGGCUGCAGGCCAAGUGGAAGGCCUCCCUGGUGGCAAGGACCUCUGCCAGGGUACAAAGCAGUGCAGGAGAUGCCCAGGACAGUAGUUGGGAAGAUGAGGAACCAGAACAGGGCCAGGAGGAGAAAGAGACGGAGGGGCUGGUGAACAUGACCUCUUCGGUAGGACCUCAGAGACAGGACCGCUUGGGAGCCACAGCUCAUCUUCCAUCUGGAGGCCUCAGUCCCAAUGGAGUGGAGCACCCCGCCUUCACAGCACCCCACCAGCUCCAAGUCAAUAGGCCAUCCACGUGGACCAAGGAAGCCUUCGGGAGGAACCCCCAGAGGAUGUGCACCUAUUCUGGCUUCUGCGCAAUCAUGUGACCUGUACCUGCUGACCACAGCCCUUACCUCUGCAGGAACUUCCCAAUAGAUGCAUUUAGGGGCUUUGGGGGAGGAGCCUCUUCAGCUGGGUAUGGACAUAGCACUCCUGAGCAGGCCAAGGGCUGUGCUGGCUCAGCAUUGAGAUUCUCUUUGCUCCUCUUUGGGAGUCUUUAACUCAGUAGACAAAAGACUGGAAAGUGAAUGGUGAACACUGACCUUUGCUUCUCUGGAUUGGGAUGUCAUUACUACUAAGGCCUUUGCUAGUUCUAAAAAUGACUCCCCAGCUCAGGUGACUUUGGGACCACUGACCUUCUCCGUGCCUCCUUUUCCAUGUGGGAGACAGGAAUGUCAUACAUACAACAGAAGAUAUGAAAGAACAGACAUUACCGCCCCCUACAGGACACUACAGGUCACAGCAGCAAUAAUGAUGGGACAUUUAAGCCUACUCCAAACCCUAAGCACUUUACAGGUAUUUCCUUACAAGAGCAUGUGAGGAAAAGAGAGAGCUGGGCAUGCUGGCACAGGCCUAUGGUUCUGACACUCAGAAGAAGGCAAGAAGAUCACUUUAAGGCCAGCCUGGGCUACAUAGGGAGAUUUAUCUUAAAAAACAACCAGGGUGUAGCAGGCUUUCUUGGACUGCCAGCCCCUAAAUCCUGGCAUGGAGACUUACUGUUAAUUAUGAAUGCUCAGCCUCAGCUUAAAAACGUGAAUUCAGAACCUAAGUGUGAAAAGAAGCUUUGUUCUACAAAGCUGAGUUGGAUCCUUAAAAGACUCAUUCAGCGUAAGUCACUGUUCUGGUUGCUUCUGUUUAUUUCUGUUGCAGUUAGGGACCGAGGGCCUAACAGGGCAUGUGCUAAGCAAGCGCUCCAGCACCGGCUCCAGGUCAAGGUUCAUCACUUUAAAAAGCUUUGUUGAAUUGGAUACAAGCAAGGAGGGUUUCACAAAGUGACCCAAAUCCUAAGAGUCCAGAGUAAUCCGACACAACAACUGAAAACUGGGGGUGGAGAGCAGUUGGGGAGAUGGUCAAGAACAUUUGUUGUUCUUCUCGAGGACCGGGGUUCAAUUCCCAGCACCCACAUGGUGACUCACAACCAUCCAUAACUCUAGUUCCAGGGAAUCUGAGGCCUUCUUCUGACCUGAGGGCAUCAGACACACAUGUGAUUCACAGACAUAAAUGUAGGCAAAACAUUCAUACACUUAAAGAAAUAAAUCUAAAAAUUUUAUUUUUAAAAGAAGCAAACUGGAAAUUGUGGGUGACAGGUAACUGUUAAGUGCUGCGGGACACAGGAAUGUAUCAUAAGAACUCAGCUGGUUAUGGCAAAGUCACUACCUAGAGGGAUCAGGGAUUUCCUCCAGAGGAAGCCAAGUUCCAAGGAGCUUUUGGUGUUAUUUGGCUUGUUAUAUAUCAGCUGUCUUCUGUUAUGAAAAUCAUGUGUGCCUUCAUAGUUUUCCCAAUUGACUUUUCCCUAGAAGGGCUAACAGUGUGGACUGAUCACUCUCUGGACAUACACAUUCCAGGUAUUUGGAGAACAGCCUCAGGAAAGGCUUUCUCUGGAAUCAGAUAUCUCUCUUAGCCACUUUCAAGGACUAACAGUAAUAAAAGUCCACAUGCUAGUCUCCUGAUUAAAGGUAAAUUACACAAGGAGACACUGCCUAGGUCAGGUGGAUGUUAAGUAAUAGCUUUACACAAUUUAGCUCAGACCCUCCUUUCUUACAGCCUUAUUAACUUUAUAGACCUUUAACUCCUUACCUAACCACUUCUAGGAACAUUUAGAUAACUUUCUGCGCUGACAGCUAUGCUCAGCCAGAACCCCAGUUCAAGCCUCCCUGUAAUUAUCAUCAUUGGCAGCAUCCGGCCAGGUCCAUCCCCAGAUGGAGGAAGGUACCUUAUCAGAGAUACCUCUGUAUUCUCUAAGAACAGACUUAAGCAUCCAGACUACCUGUUUGAGAAGGCCUGGCGGAUGUGCCAAUUAAGCUUUACUUCCUCCUUUCCCAAAUCUUACCUCUAGUUCCAGAUCUCCCUUUAACUAUCACCAGAGGCAUCUAGCUGUACACAGGUUGCCUAGAGACAGAGCACACUUUCCCCACCCUGCAGAAAAACAGCAGAUAGCUUGGACAGAUAUGAGCCAGGAAAAAAGAAGGCAGUUUUAUUUUCUCCCAUUGACCUAGCAACUUAUAGAUUCUUAACAUUUUCUACUAAUCAUGUUUAAGACUAUAGUUAAGCACAUAAGUUCCCUCUUCUGGGCUGGAGAAAUGGCUCAGAGGUUAAAAGCACUGACUGUUCUUCCAAAGGUCCUGAGUUCAAUUCCCAGCAACCACAUGGUGGCUGAAAACCAUCUGUAAUGAGAUCUGGUUCCCUCUUUGGGCCUGCAGGGAUACACAAAAACAGAGCACUGUAUACAUAAUAAGUAAAUAAAUAAAUAAAAGAUCCCUCUUCUUAGAUAUUA